UGUCUAUCCAAUGAAUUGCGUCGUUGAAUACGGAAAGCAUCGAGGAUUGACUAGCCAAUCGCUCAGUUCACACAAGGACUCUCUACAUAAAAGAAACCUGGGCACAUCGCCAAAGACUCCUACCAUAUUCUUCUUCUUUCAAGUCACUCAACACUCACAUGCCCUUCCUUAACCCAUGGAACAUACCUA